GGUCGUUUAUCUCGAAUGACGAUGGUGUCAUUUUCGGCACCAAAACACCCCGAGUCGAGACCUCUUGGCCCCCCCCUGCAACGCGCAUCUCAACAACCGACGACGCGUCUCAACAAACCAAACCAAAAAAAGGGGGAUGUCACUAUAACAUCUACGAAUCUCCUUGUUACAUUUCAACCGAAGUUAAACAGACAAGAAGCAAGUGAUCGAUCGAAACCCCCGCGCAACGUGUCCGAAGUAGCGCAAGCUUCUACCGCAACCAUGGACACGACAAUAGAAACCAUAACCGCAACCGUCGCGGCAGCAUCCAGCACGCCCUCCUCCACCUCGAACAUCAAAGAGCUCAUCAAAGACUUGCUCAUCGCCUCCCUCCAACCCAACAAGACCGUCAUCAUCACCGGUCUCCUCAUCGUCUUGCUCUUCCCCAUCUUCCUCCACCAAGUCCUCCACGGCAACGAAUCCGGCUCUUCCUCCUCCAAGAACUCCUCACUCCCCUCGAUCCUACUCGCUGGUCCUUCCGGCGCCGGCAAGACCGCCCUCCUGACCUUGUUCGAGAAGCGCGCCGGCCGCUCCACCUCUACCUCAACCGACGAAAAGACCGAGCCCGCCAAGACACACACCUCCCAAACCCCCGUCUCCAUCAAACUCAACGCCGCCGCUCCCUUCUCCUCCUCCUCCUCCUCCUCCUCCUCUGUUUCCUCUCCCUCCGAGAACCAACCGAAGCGAAACUUUCUCCUCAUCGACACCCCAGGCCACCCCAAACUCCGCUCCACCGCGCUCUCCCACCUCCUCCCUCUCGACCCCAAAACCGGCCGUCCCCUUCCGCCUUCCAAAUCCCAACCCAUCAAAGGCGUCAUCUUCCUCCUCGACGCAUCCACCCUCUCCCCCUCCUCUCCCGAUUCCAGUCUCAGCCAAGCCGCCACCUACCUGUACGACCUCCUUUUAUCUCUCCAACACCGCUACAGCCGCUACACGAAAGGAAGCAAGCACCCGCCUUCGAUCCCCGUGCUCAUCGCUGCGAAUAAACUGGACCUUUUCACGGCGUUGCCUGCGACUUUGGUGAAGAAGGAACUGGAAGCGGAGCUGGGGCGGAUUAGAGUCAGUAGGAGUAAGGGAUUGUUGGAUUCGGGCGUCAAGGAGGAUGAUGUCACAGCGGGGGAGAAGGAGGAAGGCGAUGAUUGGUUGGGGGAGUAUGGGAGCGAGAGGUUUGAGUUUCGGCAGAUGGUGGAGUUUGAUAUUGAGGUGGAGGUGAUGGGGGGGAGUGUGCUGGGUAAUGGGGGAGAAGAGGAGGGGCCGGGGUGUGAGGGAUGGUGGAGGUGGGUUGUUGAGAGGGUGUAACUAAGUUGAUGUGAUGUGAUGGAUAGGUACCUAGCUAUGGUGAGGAUGGACGGAGAAAAGGGUAUAUGUGGAUAGGUAAUGGAUGGGUUAGUGGGGAGUGUAUGAUAUGAUGGGUGGGAUGGUACCUACGGGGGAAUGGAAAGGGGUCAUGAAUUAUGCGUACGAAUAUACAUAGAAAACUAACUAAUUGAUAUCAUUUGACUUAAAGCAA